CGCCCCUCAACCCCGUCCUCUCCGGCCCCUGCACAGCCUCUCUCGCUCAGAAGCUCAGAUCGCCUCCCGUCCAGGUUGACCAGGGUGGGUGACACCCCUCGGGUCUCAGCACCAUGCCAGGCACUAUGGAGACACUGCGGUUUCAGCUGCUGCCCCCUGAACCCGAUGAUGCCUUCUGGGGCGCACCCUGUGAACAGCCCCUGGAGCGCAGAUACCAGGCACUGCCGGCCCUCGUCUGCAUCAUGUGCUGUUUGUUUGGAAUCGUCUACUGCUUUUUCGGUUACCGUUGCUUCAAGGCAGUGCUCUUCCUUACGGGGCUGCUGUUUGGCUCAGUGGUCAUCUUCCUGCUAUGCUACCGAGAGCGGGUGCUGGAAACGCAGCUGAGUGCUGGGGCAAGCGCAGGCAUCGCACUAGGCAUUGGGCUGCUCUGCGGGCUGGUGGCCAUGCUGGUGCGCAGCGUGGGCCUCUUCCUGGUGGGGCUGCUGCUCGGUCUGCUGCUCGCCGCUGCCGCCCUGCUGGGCUCUGCACCCUACUACCAGCCAGGCUCUGUGUGGGGCCCACUGGGGCUGCUGCUGGGGGGCGGCCUGCUCUGUGCCCUCCUUACCCUGCGCUGGCCGCGUCUACUCACCACCCUGGCAACCGCCGUGACAGGGGCAGCACUCAUUGCCACGGCAGCGGACUACUUUGCUGAGCUGCUUCUGCUAGGCCGUUAUGUGGUGGAGCGACUGCGGGCUGCUGCUGUACCCCCCCUCUGCUGGCGGAGCUGGGCCCUGCUGGCACUCUGGCCCCUGCUCAGCCUGAUGGGCGUUCUGGUGCAGUGGAGGGUGACCACCGAGAGGGACUCCCACACAGAAGUGGUCAUCAGCCGGCAGCGAAGACGUGUACAACUGAUGCGGAUUCGACAGCAGGAAGAGCGCAAGGAAAAGCGGAGGAAGAAGAGACCCCCUCGAGCUCCACCCAGAGGUGCUCGGGCUCCUCCAAGGCCUGGACCCCCCGAUCCUCCUUAUAGACGCAGGCCAGUGCCCAUUAAACGCUUCAAUGGAGAUGUCCUGUCCCCGAGCUACAUCCAGAGUUUCCGGGACCGGCAGACAGGGAGCUCCUUGAGCUCUUUCAUGGCCUCGCCUACAGAUACGGACUAUGAGUAUGGAUCCCAGGGGCCACUGACAGCCUGCUCAGGCCCCCCUGUGCGGGUGUAA